CAUUCAAAGAUCAUUCAUUCACAAAAUUGCUGCAAGUUUUAGUACGAGAAACACGAUUAUACUGCAAAAGACACGAUUAUGCUGAAAAGAUUAUCACAGACAGCAGUUAAACUGCGCAAAAUAGCCGUUAAUCCGCUGAUGAGACACAAGGCCUCCGGUGUGGCCAUGUCCAAUUUCGAAGCUGGUCAUACUUUGCCCUAUGAGCAGCUGAGUGAGAAACUUGAUUGUGUAGCCAGUCGCUUGAACCGACCACUCACUUUAUCCGAAAAGGUGCUCUAUUCGCAUCUCCAAGAUCCUGCGGGACAGGAAAUAAAGCGCGGAGAAUCAUACCUUUUGCUAAAUCCAGAUCGAGUGGCCAUGCAGGACGCAACCGCUCAGAUGGCACUUCUACAGUUCAUCUCCUCGGGCUUGAACAAGGUGGCCGUUCCGUCGACGGUGCACUGCGACCAUUUGAUCGAGGCACAGGUGUGUGGCGAGCAGGAUCUGGAACGUGCCAAGAAGUUGAACAAGGAGGUAUUCGACUUUUUGGCCAUCACCAGUGCCAAGUAUGGCCUGGGCUUUUGGAAACCAGGCAGCGGCAUCAUACAUCAGAUCAUUCUAGAGAACUACGCAUUUCCAGGCCUCCUAAUGAUCGGCACAGACUCGCAUACGCCCAAUGGGGGCGGCCUAGGCGGCCUUUGCAUUGGUGUGGGCGGGGCCGAUGCUGUCGAUGUGAUGGCCAACAUGCCCUGGGAGCUGAAGUGCCCCCAAGUGAUUGGAGUCCAUCUAACUGGCAAGAUCAGCGGCUGGACGUCAGCCAAGGAUGUCAUCUUAAAGGUUGCCGAGAUUCUCACCGUCAAAGGUGGUACGGGCGCCAUCAUUGAAUACCAUGGCCCAGGUGUAGAGUCCAUCUCUUGCACGGGCCAGGCCACUAUUUGCAACAUGGGCGCCGAGAUCGGGGCAACCACCUCGCUCUUCCCCUUCAACGAGCGCAUGAUCAGCUAUCUGUGUGUCACCGGACGAGCAGAGAUUGCGGCGGAGGCACAGAAGUACCAGAACAAGCUGCUUACACCCGACAAGGAUUGCAAGUACGACAGGGUCAUCGAGAUCGACCUAGACAAGUUGCAGCCCCUGGUAAAUGGCCCCUAUACACCCGAUCUGGCACACCCCAUCGACAAAUUAGCCGAGAACUCCAAGAAGAACGGGUACCCCAUGGAAAUUAAAGUAGGACUCAUUGGCUCCUGUACUAAUUCCUCGUACGAGGAUAUGGGUCGCUGUAUCAGCAUUGUUAAAGACGCUCUCAGCCACGGGCUCAAGGCGAAGAUACCAUUUAAUGUGACUCCCGGUUCGGAGCAGAUACGCGCCACUAUAGAGCGUGACGGAAUGAUUGAUACUUUCACUAAGUUUGGCGCAACGGUGCUGGCCAAUGCCUGUGGGCCCUGUAUCGGCCAGUGGGACCGCAAGGACGUUAAAAAGGGUGAGAAAAACACCAUUGUGACCUCCUACAAUCGCAAUUUCACAGGCCGCAACGAUGCAAACCCAGCCACACACUGCUUCGUGACCAGUCCCGAAAUAGUCACAGCGCUAUCCAUUGUGGGUUGCCUAGACUUUAAUCCUCUGAAAGAUGAGCUGACAGACGACAAGGGCAAAAAGUUUAAGCUAAAAGCACCAACAGGUGAGGAGUUGCCUGCUAAGGGAUUCGAUCCCGGCGAGCAUACCUACUCCGCUCCACCGAAAGAUGGUGCCAAAGUGAAAGUGUCCGUAGAUCCCAAGUCGAAACGCCUGCAAAUCCUAAAGCCAUUCGAGAAGUGGGACGGCAAAGACCUCACUGAUCUCACUGUUCUUAUCAAGGUCAAGGGCAAAUGCACCACCGACCACAUCUCAGCCGCCGGGCCAUGGCUCAAGUACCGUGGCCACUUGGACAACAUCUCCAACAACAUGUUUAUCGGGGCCACCAAUGCCGAGAACAACGAGAUGAAUAAGAUCAAGAAUCAGCGCAACAGCGAGUGGGCAGCAGUUCCCGAUGUGGCCCGCGACUACAAAGCCAACAAGGUCAAGUGGGUUGCAGUUGGCGAGGACAACUAUGGCGAGGGUUCCUCCCGCGAACAUGCCGCCCUCGAGCCUCGUCACUUGGGAGGGGUUGCCAUUAUUGUAAAAUCCUUUGCUAGAAUACACGAGACCAAUCUCAAGAAGCAGGGCCUCCUUGCUCUGACCUUUGCCAAUGCCAGCGAUUAUGACAAAAUCCAACCCACCAGCAAGAUAUCCCUACUCAAUCUCAAAGACAUGGCUCCCGGAAAUCCCAUCGAUUGUGAAAUCAAAAAUGGUGGCAGCUCUGACAAAAUCAAACUUAAUCACUCCUUCAAUACAGAGCAGAUUGAGUGGUUCAAAGCCGGAAGCGCUCUCAACCGAAUGAAGGAAAAACUAAAAUAAUUGCUUCGGGGAAUCUGAAACUCAAUUUAAUCCUCCCAAUGAACACGGAGGACAAAUCGUUAUAAGAAAUUUAUGAAUGAUUAUAUAUAUUUUAAUAUAUUUGCGCUCAAUUAAC